AAUUUUAAAAUCAUCACCAGAAUAUUAUUAAUAUAUUUCGUUUUCAAAAUCCAGAGACUCUCAGAAUAAUACCAUUGAUAUUUCGAUCUCUCCUGAAGACAAAAAAAAAAACUGGAAACUUCGACGAAUGUAAUAAUUUUUUUUCCUUGUCCUGAUUUAGUCUUUUGGAAUCGGUCUGAACUCGGACAAUUAAUCCGCCAUUUUCUCCUCGGUCUGAACUCGGACAAUUAAUCCGCCAUUUUCUCCUCGGUCUCUCUGCUCAUAUACUUCAGUAUCGGAUCUGGGUCUCCUUCGCUUUCGAUUCAAGAUUGUGGGGUAUUUUCUGGAGACGAGGCGUUAGCUGUAAUUCAUUGUUUACUUGCUAUUAAAGGCGACACAAGCGAGAAAUAAAAGAAAAAGUAUCUCUCACACACACACACACACACAUACAUAUACAAUAUAUAGAUCGAUACACAUUUUGCGUCUUUCUGUGUCUUCUUUCGUCUCUACUGGGAAUAGAUCUUGAUCGUAAGAGAUCGCUUUCUGAGUUUCGAUUCUGAUCGAUAGUGAUAAAUUGAGUUCUCUUUCGGUUUUUUGGAAUCUUGUCUUUGAGUGGGAAUCCCAUCUGGUUAGAUAAUGGGAAUGAGUCUCGAUUUCGAUGUUGAUCUCGAGAAAGGAAUCGUCGAUUGCGACAAUGUUUAUACGAAAUCGCCGGAGAAGCCAUUGAUACCGACGUCUCCAGAUAACAAACCGGUAAAAACCGGAGAAGAAACCGUCGGUUUAUUAGAAGGCGAUACAAGUCCGGUUCAAUGUGCGAUCAGUAAACCGGGAUGGGGAAGGAGCGAUCGGAAGGAGAAACGCAAGAAAUCAGCGUCGAAGCCUCCACGGCCGCCGCGUGGACCGUCGCUGGACGCGGCCGAUCAGAAACUGAUCAGAGAGAUCGCUGAAUUGGCGAUGCUGAAACGCGCGAGGAUCGAACGAAUGAGAGCUUUGAAGAAAUCUAGAGCUGCCAAAGCUGCUUCUGCAGCUUCUUCUCUCGGCAAUGUCUUGGCCACUCUUCUGACCGCUAUCUUCUUCUUCGUCCUCGUUUUCCAAGGAUUGUCACCAAGAGCAGCCGCUAGCUCCGGGAAAUCUCCCUUAGUAGACGCCGGAAAAGCCAGUGGUGGUUUUGUUUCGGUUCAAUAUGCGGGAAUUCCGUCUGCGAGCGAACCUGAUGGAGGUUAUACCAGACCGGGUUUAGCACAGAGAUUCCCAAAUUUACUAAAACCGGUUCCUGGUUUGGAGAACGAAAAGAAGAUAAAUAGAGUUUCAGAGUGAAGCGUAAAACCAAUGGGCUAGAAUUGGACAAUUCCAUAUUGGUUGAGCAAACCAUGUAUCGGUUUAGAUUGUCGGUGAACCUUGUUUUCGUACCGAUAAAUUUUCUUGGGCAUAAUCGGCUGCUUUCUCGGCGGCUAUGAAACAAUAACUAGCCGAUAUUGGUAAAGAGUGGUUUUGUAAUGUUUUUCUUGGAAUAAAAAUGAGAGAAGUUACAAAUAACC